GGCCAGGGUCACGCACCAGACAUCACUAGUAACCUAUAGAAACAAAUCAUCUCUAACUGCCUUUUACUUGGUAGUACUGCAUAAGAUUCAUUCUGUUGGACUACUUGUUCCUGGAGUAUCAAUGCUACUUGUAAUUGACCAUAUCAAACUUACAUCAUGCGGGUUUUAUAUAUUCUUGGCUAAGUCGUUGGGUGUCAAUUUUCAAGGAUCUCCCAAUAUUCUAAACAGUCUUUAACUCGAGAGCUCUCCAAGUGCCAGCUCCUCCACAAGUCCAACAUUCUGUUACACAUAAUAAAAUCCUUAAAAUGCUGUCUUUCUGUUAGAAUUCGUCAAUGAUAAUGUGCCAACAUUGCAGUUGUUGUUUUUUUUUUAAGCAAGUUGUCCAUAUCCCAGUUUCUGGCCAUUGAUACCCGAAGUUUGUGGAUAUCCUCAAUCUCAUAAUAUCCACUUUUUCCCCUUUUACCUCUUUCCCCCCUUCAUUUUGACACCAUCCUUGAUCUUACUAUAUAUCCUUCUUUAUCCCUCCUUCCUUGCCAACCAUUUUGCCCAACAUUCUCGAUUCCCCUGUUGUCACCAUCUUCAAUCUCCCAAUCUUGCUUCUUUCUGGGCUCUUUUUUUCCCUCUUUAACUUACUUUCACGGCUCCUGGAAAAACUCUUUGUUCCUUUUUUGCCAACUAAUUAAUUUCAAUGCAAUAUAAAAGCCUUAUAUAAAUACAGUGCUGUGUACUUUGUUGUCAAUUAAUUCUAAGAUAGCGCAUUUGCUGAUUUUCCACCCGGGUAGUUUUAAGUUAUUAACAGUUUGAUUCCACAUUUCUCGACUGUUACAACAACAACAACAACAACAACAACAAAAUUUCAAUGGAUCCAUCAGAGCUGCGACGGGUUUUCCAAAUGUUCGACCGGAACGGAGACGGGAAAAUCACAAAGAAAGAGCUCCACGACUCGUUACAGAACCUAGGAAUAUACAUCCCGGAGAAGGAACUGGUUCAGAUGAUCGACAAGAUCGACGCGAACCGCGACGGGUACGUCGACAUAGACGAGUUCGGGACGCUGUACCAAACGAUCAUGGACGAAAGGGACGAGGAAGAAGACAUGAGGGAAGCUUUCAACGUGUUUGAUCAGAACGGAGACGGGUUCAUCACGGUGGAGGAAUUGCGGUCGGUUUUGUCGUCUUUAGGGUUGAAACAAGGGAGAACGAUCGAGGAUUGCCAGUUGAUGAUCAAGAAAGUCGAUAAAGAUGGUGAUGGGAUGGUGAAUUACAAGGAAUUCCGGCAGAUGAUGAAAGGCGGUGGAUUUGCCGCCUUGAGUCCUAGCUGACCCUACAUUUUUUAACGUAAGAGGUGUUUCUUUGGUUUUUUUAUCCCAUCAAAUUAAAGUUUUAGAGAUGGGGAUUUCAUGGAGGGAGGUAGUUUUUUUUCCAUGUAAAUUGUUAAAAGAGGUCUUCAAAUGGUUUAUGCUAUAAUUGCAUAUAGAUGUCUCCAAGAGCUAGAUCCAUAGGGUUGGAAGAUUGUGUUUGUGGAUUUGAUUCAUGUCAAAGAAAGAAAAUGAAGAAUCAUUUGCUUGUGACUAAUUGAUCUUCUUUUUGAUUGCUUCUUCCCCUUCUUGGUUUUUAUUUUUUUUAAUAGUUUGAUUAAAUGGUAAUGAAUGCCCU